UGCGGUGGAGCGCUUGUCCGCUCGCCGGGCGCGCCGCCCGCCGCCUCGGCUUGCCCGCCAUGAGCGUGCCGGAGCGGGGGGGGAUCGGCUCCGCGAUCAAGAGGCGCCUGGGCAAGGGGGCUUAUGGCAUUGUAUGGAAAGCAAUCGAUCGCAGGACAGGAGAAAUAGUUGCUGUUAAAAAGAUUUUUGAUGCUUUCAGGAACAGAACAGAUGCUCAGAGAACAUUUCGAGAGAUUAUGUUCCUGCAGGAAUUUGGAGAACAUCCAAAUAUCAUCAAGCUGCUUGAUGUUAUCCGAGCUCAGAACGACAAGGACAUCUACCUCAUCUUUGAGUCCAUGGAGACAGAUUUACAUGCUGUGAUUAAGAAGGGGAAUUUGCUGAAAGAUAUCCACAAGUGUUACAUUCUCUACCAACUCCUGAAGGCAACUAAAUUCAUCCACUCAGGAAAUGUUAUUCACAGAGAUCAGAAGCCUUCAAAUAUCUUGCUGGAUGCAGACUGCUUUGUUAAACUUUGUGAUUUUGGGCUGGCCCGUUCUUUAUGUCAGAUGACUGAGGACCAAGGCAACCCUGCUCUAACGGAAUACGUGGCAACACGCUGGUACCGAGCCCCCGAGAUCUUACUUUCCUCUCGGAGUUACACUAAAGGUGUAGACAUGUGGAGCAUUGGCUGUAUUCUGGGAGAGCUGCUACUUGGGAAACCUCUUUUUCCUGGAACAUCAACAGUGAAUCAAAUAGAGCAGAUCUUGAGGGUCAUUCCUGCCCCAUCCCCGGAAGAUAUUUUGGGUAUGCAAUCAGAUUACAGGUCCUCAGUUAUUAACCGCAUGAGUUCCCGGCAACGAGUAACAUUUGAGGAGAUUUUACCAUCCUCUACUCCAUUGCCUGCAUUGGAUCUUCUGAAGAAACUUUUAGUAUUUAACCCUGAUAAACGACUCACAGCAGAGGAGGCUCUGCAGCAUCCUUACGUGAAAAGGUUUCACUGUCCUGCCAGGGAGCCCUCUCUGGAUUAUGAUGUGAUUCUUCCUUUAGGUGAUGAUAUCCAGCUGUCUGUGGCAGAAUAUCGAAAUAAAUUAUAUGAGAUGAUCCUUGAAAAGAAAUUAAAUAGCCAUCCAAAGGAGCAAGUGUGGAGGGAAAACAUUCCGCUAAGCCAGUCUGAAUCCAGGCCACUUCUUCCAAAUUCCAGUUCUGUUACUUUACCUACCAGGAAAGGCCAGAGGGAACCAACACCGCCUCUUCUGAAAACUUCGCAUGUGCAUGCUGGAACUACAACUAGUGUCCAGCAAGAAGUAUCCAGCUGGAGUGAAGAUUUAGCAAGAACUUUAUGUCAGAGAUCAAAGAUCAAUGUGAUAUACAAUCCCAUAACACACACUGCUGUUCAAAGUAAUGCAAAUUCUGGUGCUGUGAUCAGGAAUUGUACUGCACCACCUUCUCAACAGGCCAGAAUCUCCAACAAUAGGGAACUGAGGAGACAAACCACAUGGGCAAAUGCAAAUGCUCAGCUACCUCCUACAAGUGUACAGAACCUUUAUAAUAAUCCAAGAAAUACUCAAUUGCACAGCAAAGAUGUUCAUCCUCUUCUGAAGUCCAGUAAAAAGAUGUUCCAGAUUACUGCAAAUAUGGGAGCUGCUGGUGAUCCGAAAGCAUCAAUGGGUAGUUACUCCCAGGCCUAUGGAACCAUAUGUAAAUCCGCACUGCAGAGUCUUCCAAUAUCAAAUUCCUCCCAACAGCAUGAGCAGUGAAUAUGGAAGUGUUCUAACCAGAAAGCAAUGUUCCAAGAGAUACUAUUGCUGAAACAUCAUGAAGUUGUAAUCAGGCAACAGUGGGACUAUAGUAAACUUUAAAACUAUAUUCCUGUUUUAAUGCUGAUUUUUGAUACAUUCUCCUCUUUAACUUGAAGUUCUUCUAAGAAGUCUCUGUCCCUGAAAUUUUACUUCACCUAUGAUAAAUGAUUGUUAUUCCAGAAUGUUGGGACUAUAGUUACAGAGGGGAUUCAGGCACUAAAUUCCAACAUGUGAGUACCACUGCCAUUGAUAGGAUAUCCAUUUUAUCUUUUAGUACCUAAAUACCAAAGGCUAGUUAAGUAAAAAAAUAGUACAUUCACUUCUGGUACCAGGUGUGGUCACUUAAGUUGUGUAAUACUAGGGAGCUGGGAAUGCAGCUCACAGGGAAGUCCUGGUUUAUUCUGGUAUAUUCAUAAAAUAGGCAUUUCCUGUCUAUCUCAGCUACAGGUAGAUAUAGGAAAUGGCAAUGACAGGGUGAACAUGUUGUGUAGGCAGUGCUCUGUGCAGCAUGUUGGCUCUUGUGAGUCUAAGAUGCCAGUUCUCAUGCACAGAAAAGGCAGCCUACUGCUUAAUUCAGGGUUGUGACUUCCACUGAAAGCCUAGCACCUAGCAAUUUGAUGAUACCACACAAUGUCUAAGAUCCUCUGUGAACCUAGUCUCAGACUGAGAGGUGAUGGGCUGUAACACUAACUUUUUAUUCUUGAAAUGGCUUCUGUUAUUACCAAGUGAAUUAGUUAUUCUGCAAUAUUUGUAUACACCUAGAACAUCUGGUAAUCAACGUAUCACUAAAAGAGAUGAGUCAUUCUAGUUCUGGUCAGGAACAUACUUCUACACUGCAUCAUGCUGAGCAAGAUAAAAUUCUAAAAAUCUAAACAAGUACAGCAAAAUUCUAAAAUGUUAAUGUAAUCUGUGACUAUAGAAAUAUUUCUAACUUGUCUGUUACAGAACGAUGCUGGAGCAGAUAUGGAAUGAUGUGAGUAAGAAUUACACAAAAUAGGCUAUAUAGGUAUAUAUCCUAUUAUAUAUAUGCUAGCCCUAUCUUCCUCUCUAGAGUAAAAUAAUCUCUAUCUGUAUCAUCUGGCAGAGAACAACUGUAUUGAUCAUUACAGUUCAUUUUGGAACCCACCAAUAACUGGAUCUGAUUCAUUACUAAGAGCAGACAAAAUAAGUAUACAUACAGCAUUCAUUUAAGAAUUUGUACAUAGGUAACAGAUUACGGGUUGUAUCUGAAAUGGUAUACACUUAUACAAUAUGGAAUAAGCAUAAGAAAUCAAUUUCAGCUUUUUUUCCAAUUUUGGCCGCUUCAUUCCUCCUUUUUUUUUUUCUUUUUUCUUCUCAACUUUAUUUCUAGGUUUACCUCCUCAUGUUAAAAUGAUAAUUCCUCUUGAUUUUUGCAGAUUUUUACCACCAUAUGUAUUAAUAUGGAAAUCAGCUUAAUUUUUUUUCAGAUCAGACAAUCUAUCUUCCCGCACAUUCAUUUCCCAAGGUUUUCAACAAACAGUAAAAUAAUAAUUAAUUGUUACAUAUAUAUAAAUUAUACAAAGCCUGCUAAAUUAUAUAAAGCCUGUUACCGUGGGAGCUGGCAUCCUAAAAACAAGCUAAAGUUUUAGAGAUCCUACUAAAGUUACCUUCAGGAACCAAUGCAGCCUCUUGCCUCCAUCUGUCAGCCAUGUACCUGAACUGAUUUGCUGAGCUUGCAGCUAGUGUCACAAGUUGGUAAUCAUGAAACUCAAGCUAAUGGGAAUGGGAAAUUCAGAAGACUAGUUCCAUGUGAGAGCAUUCUUCCCUGUCAUCUCUUUAGACUACAGCACAAAGAUCAGGAAAAAAAAAAUCCCAAUUUGGCAAUCCUUGAUGGAUGCCAAGCAGAGACA